AUGGACGACGAGGAUAUCAAGAUCGCGAACGUUCCGAAGAAGCCGAUUUUCUUCGGAAGCCUCGAGUUUGCCGAGAAGCAGCGGCUCGAGAAGCUGAAGAAGCAGGCUGCCGCGUUCGCCGCGACAGGCGUGGUGGGUGGCGACGAUUCGGACAACGACGGGGACAAGGAAGGGGUGAAGGAGGAUGAGAAGGAGGAAAAGUCGGGAGAUGGUGAGGAGGACGAGGAGGAUGAGGAUGAGGAUGAGGAGGAUGAAGAAGAGGGAGGAGAAGGAGGGGGUAAGGGUGAGGGAGUCGAGUACGAGCUAUCAGAGACCGGUAAACGCGCUAAAGAGCGUCAGGAGCAGAUGCUUAAGGAGCUCGAGAUGAAGCGACGCGCGCGCGCGCUCGCGGUGCCUACUAGCGACACGGCGGUGCGGUUGCGGCUCCGCGCGAUCGGCGAGCCAAUCACGCUCUUCGGCGAGCGCGAAAUGGAGCGGCGCGACCGGCUUAGGUCUUUUAUGGCUAACUUAGACGCCGAGGGGCGGCUCGACGAGCUCUAUGAGGCGAUCGAGCGGCAAAUGCGGGAGAGCGGGGAAGGCGGCGCGGAGGUUCUAGAAACGGAGGAGGUGCCUCAAGCGGAGUUGUUUUAUACCGAGGGGAGCAAGGAGCUGCUUCUGGCGCGGCAGGAGAUUGCAGUGUUUUCGCUGCCCCGGGCAGGUGAAAGGAUUCGGCGCGCGAAGAGGCGGCGCGAGGAUCCCGAUGAGGAUGAGGAGGCUGAGGCGAAGGAGUUGAUUGGCGUGGUGCAAAGGAUGAGCAUGCAGGUAUCAGAGAUAGGCGACGAGCGCCCUAUUUCUGCCUGCGCCCUCUCGCCCGACUCCUCCCUCCUCGCCACGUCGGGGUGGAGCGGCGCCUGCCGCCUCUGGUCGCUGCCAGCUGUGCGGGCGGCAGGCGCCCUGCGCGGCCACUCAGAGCGCGCCACGUGUGUGGCCUGGCACCCCCACGCGCUCUCCUCGCUCCCCGCCUCCGGACCCAACCUUGCCACUGCUGGUGCUGACAGGUGUGCCCUGCUCUGGCCACUCCCUUGGGCAGCAUCAACCCCACCCGACGCCAACGGCCAAUCCGACAACCCGGACUUUUCCUCCCGCCCCGCACCCCCUUCCUCCUCCUCCGCCCCCUCCCUCUCCACCCCUCUCCUCCGCCUAUCCGGCCACUUAGACCGGAUUGCCCGAGUUGCUUUCCACCCCUCGGGAAGGUUCCUGGCAAGUACGAGCUUCGACAAGACGUGGCGCCUGUGGGACGUGGAGCGGGGCGGCGUAGAGCUGCUGCUGCAGGAGGGGCACAGCCGGGCGGUGUACGGCGUCUCUUUCCAAAAGGACGGCGCGCUCGUGGCCACGUGCGGGCUGGAUGCGCUGUGCCGGGUGUGGGACCUGAGAACAGGGCGGAGUGUAUUGGCUCUGGAAGGACACGUGAAGCCGUGGCAGGUGUUGGACCUGACGGGGAGGAGUAUUCUUGCACUGGAGGGACACGUGACGCUGCUCCUGGCAUGUGAUUUCUCCCCCAAUGGCUAUCACCUAGCAACAGGAGGCGAGGACCACACAUGCCGUGUGUGGGACCUGCGGCGGUGCAGGAAGGGCGCGGGAGGGGGAGGGGGGGGAGGGGGGGCGGAGGGGAGUGGGGGCAGCCUGUAUGUGAUCCCGGCUCACACGCGGCUGGUGUCGGUGGUGCGGUAUGAACCAAGAGAAGGGCUGCUGCUGCUCACUGCUGGCUAUGAUAACACUGCCAAGGUGUGGUCGGGGCGGGACUUCAAGCCGGUGAAGGUGCUGGCAGGGCACGAAGGCAAGGUCAUGGGUGCUGACGUGGCAGCAG